UCAAGGAGCCGUGUUUCUAAACGGCCUUAGCGACAGUAACUAAGGGGCGGGGCGAGACGCCGUGACAUCGCGAGAACACUCCGCGGGAUCCCGCAGCGCUCCUGUAUCUCAGCCUGAAGAGCUCCGAGACCAGAAUCCAGACUCGGUCCAGGACAACACGGUCCACCAGUCACAGCGGAGACCUGCAGGACGAUGGAGAACCAGAACCCGGACCGCAGGAGCCAAACAGCAGCCUCGUGCUCUGAUAGCGCCGAUGUUCAGAGAAAGACAGGAGAAGAUGGACUCAAACAUCAUCGCUUUCAGCACUGUGACAAAUCCUUCACAACAUCAGGAUAUUUGAAGAUUCAUCAGAGUUUUCACACUGGAGAGAAACCGUACAGCUGUGACCAGUGUGGGAAAGCAUUCACUAGACUAGUCCAUCUAAUAAACCACCAACGUGCUCACACUGGAGAGAAACCGUACAAGUGUGAGCAGUGUGGAAAAAGGUUUCCUCAAUCAGGUGACCUAAAAGUCCACCAACGUGUUCACACUGGAGAGAAACCAUACUGGUGUGACCAGUGUGGAAAAAGUUUCACUACAUCAGGUAACCUAAAAAGCCACCAACGUGUUCACACUGGAGAGAAACCGUACAGCUGUGACCAGUGUGGAAAAAGUUUCACUACAUCAGGUAACCUAAAACACCACCAACAUGUUCACACUGGAGAGAAACCGUACAGCUGUGGCCAGUGUGGAACAACUUUCAGUAGAUCAGAGUCCCUAAAAAGCCACCAACGUGUUCAUGCUGGAGAGAAACCAUACUGGUGUGACCAGUGUGGAAAAACUUUCACUACAUCAGGUAACCUAAAAAGCCACCAACGUGUUCACACUGGAGAGAAACCAUACUGGUGUGACCAGUGUGGAAAAGCUUUCACUAUAUCAGGUAACCUAAAAAGCCACCAACGUGUUCACACUGGAGAGAAACCAUACAGCUGUGACCAGUGUGGAAAAGCUUUCACUAUAUCAGGUAACCUAAAAAUCCACCAACGUGUUCACACUGGAGAGAAACCGUACAACUGUGACCAAUGUGGCAAAUCUUAUACCAACAGGAGAACCUUUAGAAGACACAAAUGCAUCCACAAAGCAUCAGAGUGACAGUUUUCACAGAGCCGAGCUAGCUGUUUCUCCUGCCCUGAAUACAACCACCUGUUAUCAUGUGACUGUGCUGGAUUAACGUCAUGUGAUGACAGCUGAGGAAGUGUGAUUUGGAUAGAGCUGGAAAGCGUCAGUCCAGAGGUUUUAUCAGCCAAUAGCAAAACUAAUUUGCAGUAGUCCCAUACAGUAGAGGGCAGUCACUGCUUUUUUAUAGCGCUAUAUGUAGAAUUCAGAAUCAGAUUUGGACCUGAAUCCAUCAACAACACUACUAAAUACCCAUACAGAUUAGUUAUCAGCUGAAAUAAGAGUGUACUGACCCUUUAAGAAGGCAAUGUGAUGUGGUCAAAAGCUCCAACAAACAGGUGGUAUGGAGAGAGGUGGUAAAGGUAGCACAGCAAAAUAUUUAAGUUACUUAGGAAGUUGGUAGUCUGGCAGUAAAUGUGCAGUGUAGGUCACAGUCUGUCCGUUGAGUCUGUUGUUUCUGCAACCGCUGGAAAAGUGAAGGUUAAAUUAGUUGUAGGAAUUCAUUCAUUUUCUUUUUUUUAGCUGCUAUUUUUAUCCAAAGCGACGUAGAACUGCUGCAUUAAACUGGUGUCCUGUUCACAUACUGUACAUCUUGAUAGUUAAAUUAUAUUUCAGUGUCCAGAGGAGUGACAACUGGUUGUUAAAGGAAGGACGCUGGUGACCAGGAGGAGCUGAGGCUAGUAAAGUAAAUCAGUGAUGUGAACUAGUCCUUUUAAGCAAUUGAGGAUUGGAUUGAAUGUGCAAAUUAAUUAGGAAAUUAGAAAAAAAGAUGCAUCAAGAUGGAUCGUUGCCCUUUGAAUUGUAAUCAAACCGUGAGGUGCCAAGAGAUUCUCAUCCCUACUGCCCAAUCAGUUUACCCAUUCAAUAACUUUAAAAUGUUUUGUAGAGCAGUUGCCACGAUGUCUCCAAUUGUCCACUGCACCUGUGACAACAUCUGAGCCUCUUCUUACAUGAUGUUAUAUGGUUGGCAACAGUUCUUCUCUUGAGCAAUCUCUCGCCACCCUGAGAAUGAGUUUCCUUGAUGUAAUUAUGUUGUGCUUUUGAGCUAA